AUGGCAGGUCGAGUCCGUGAGUCGCAGGAGCACCUGUCUAGCGUGGACGAUUUCCUGAGCAAGUACACGACGUACCUCCAGCAGAUGCAGCGCCCCGAGGGCAUCGCGGUGCGCAACGACAACACAUGCCCCAUUUGCCUCAAGACCUACUCGACCAAGCACAGCAUGCGGCGCCACAUGCUGAUGCACAAGCCCUUCAACCGGCGCUUCCAGUGUGAUGUGUGCGGGAAACUGUUCAACUGGCCCGGCAACCUCAAGACCCACAUGCAAACCAUCCACAACAUGAGGUCGGAAGACUUCAAGUACCGCAAGUAUCGCUUUCCAUUGCCGUCAGAACUGUCGGAUGGUGAAGACGGUCGUCGCUGGCACUUUUUCUCGGUUCGGCCGUACAACCACUUCCGCGGAAACAAGGAUGGUCCACUUCGGUGUGAGCCAUGCGGCAAGGUGUUCAAGAACAUGAGCUCGUGGCGCCAGCACCAGUAUUAUCAGCACCGUUCUCACAAGCGCUUCCCCUGCGACUACUGCGACGAUUACGACGAGGUGGAAGACUUUGAAGAAGAAAGCAGCGAAGGUGAAGAGGUAGAGGUUGAGGAAGACGGAGGCCAAGUACUGUUCAGGAGGGUAGCCGUCACGCAGGUCUCCCCCUCGCCACCUCCCUUGCAUCGAAAGGUGUUGCUUAAAAACGACACUCCCAAGUCCCCUGCCGACUCUGAUGACGCCUUACUGUUGAAGCGGAUCGUCUGUCCGAUAUGCAUGCACAGCUUUGCCAACAAGGCAAACUUCAAGAGGCACCAGUUGCUGCACUGGCCUGUGAGAAGAAAGUUUCCUUGCUUCCUGUGUCCGAAACAGUUCAAUUGGCCGGAUGAUGUGAAACGGCACAUCCGCUGCGUGCAUCACCUCAACGUUGAUCCCAAGACGAAGCAGAAGGGAAGCGAAGAUGGCAGCGAACCGAAGCCCUUCUUGGGCAACAUCCGCUAUCCCAGCAGCCGCUCUCCGCCGUCGAUGCUGUCCAUGUCUCAGUUUUCUUUCCUUCACGGCCACGACUCGCAAGCCGCACGCGAAGACCGCUACAUCUGUGAUAUCUGCAACAAAAACUUCUCGACUGCAUUCACCAUGCGGAGGCAUCGAGUCAUCCACAACCCAAACUUUCUCAAGUACCAGUGCGCCUACUGUCCACGGAGGUUCAACUGGGCGGACAAUUUGCGUUCCCACGUCCAGGGCGUCCACGGAGUCAACGUCCCGUCAGCCCGCGGAAGAAGGGGACGCCCACCGCGGCAUGCCUCGCAUGACACUUCGUCAUUCAUGUGA